AGACUACCAGAUCAGCCAUCAAACAAGACUCCCAGAUCAGCCGUCUAAAAGAAGUCAAAGAAAAGUUGUCCGAGUUCUCAUUCUCAGGGUCCUGAAUGCCAAAGCAGUUCCACGGAUGACUUAUUGAAGAUACAUCACUGCUGUUACUGCAAGCAACCACAUUAUAGAAUGAUGGAUCAUCUUCAGUCAGUUCAUCCUAAUGAGCCAGAUGUGGCAAAAGCUCUUACCUUUGACAAGAACUCACAAGAAAGGAAACAUCUCUUGAACCUCCUUCAAACUAAGGGAAAUGUUCUACACGGCACAAAUGUUCAAAGUAGAAAACAAGAUUUAAAACCAUUUAGGAUGUUUGCUUCAGACUGCUCAUUUGAUGAUAGUGUUUAUUGCAUCUAUUGUUUAGGGUUAUUUAGCAAGAAGUCUUUUGCUACUCAUUUAGAGCAGUGCAAGGGCAAAUCAAUUGACAGAGCUGAGGAUAGCUGUGGUGAAAUUCCUCCCGAUGCUGGGCCCAUUCCUUCAACUUCCACACUCACUUCCCUGUGGAGUCCAGAAGAGAUUGAUGCUAAUCUAGAACCAUCAGGUUUUUAUUGCCUAAAUUCCCCCUAUGAAUCAGAGCAGCUAAAUUUGUAUAAUGAACAAGAAAGUUCUUUCCAUCAAGGUGUCACAUGCAGUGUUGGACAACCAGAUGUCUCAAGUCCAAAUAAGGGGGUUAGAAAUGAUGGGCAGACAGAGGGUGCUAAAUUACAAUUCAAACGUUCUCCUGAAUAUGAAGUCAGCUAUGAUUUUAAGUCGGAUAAUUUUUCAAAUCCAAGCCCUGGUCAAGAAUCAACAGACUGCAAGAAUGAAGAAAUAAGAAUCCCAAUAUGUGAUGUUGAUCCAGAAAGGACAAUGACAGAAAAUGACGUUCUCAGAAAUCCAUGUGAUGAUUUCAGUCCACCUCACGGCAACCAAACUGUGUCCAAUGACAGCGUGAAAGCCCAAACCUAUGGAACACGAAGGAAGAGGAAGAGAAGCUCACGUGUCCAAAAUGAGUCACCGAUCAUGGAUUAUGACUUGCUAGGUGAAGGAGAGAGGCCCAAUUCAAAAAUACAUGUCUGCCAGCACUGUAGGGCAACUUUCUGCACCUCCUACACGCUGCGCAGACAUGAAUACACUCACACAGGUGAGAGGCCAUUCUGGUGUCAUCGCUGCAAUGUGGGAUUCAUCCAGAAGUAUCGCCUUUUAAAGCACACAUUUGCAUACCAUGGGGACACGUUAACUAGCACAGACCAGCAAAAACUGAAAAGGCCAAAGAGAAGAAUCCAAGGUGGAGAGACAUCGGUGAAGGAUGAGGCUAGCCUGGAGCCAUCAGCAGAGAGUCCAAAGGAUUUACCAGAUGCUGUUAAUGAUGACACUGAGGGAAAGGUUACGGCCACAAAGCAAGACACAGAAGUGAGAGGGUUCCACUGGGAAGAAGCAGGACACAGCAAAGUCAAAGACUAUGAUACAGAUUGCUAGAAGUUAUCGUUUACAUCAUAGUGUUGCUUUUUUAAAAGUUACAACAUAUUGGUUUUAUUUGUUUUGAAAAUAUGUUUUACAGUGUUGCCUGAAUCUAGUAAUGUUAAAUACUUUUAUGGAAUGGUUCAUUUUAACCUGUUGUAUUGUACAGAUAAUAGCAUAUGUUUAUUAACUAACUCCAGAUUGAGAAUAAAAACAAAGGUUAGAGAAAUCUAA